AUGCCGUUGGUGACACUCCGCGAGGGAGUUCAACCUUUGAUCUUUCCCACUGAUCUGUCGGUGGACAAGCAACUCAGCAGCAUAGCUGGCACUGGCACUAAGGGAACAACAUCAGCAGCCACAUCAGUUGACAGCGUUGCCAGUGAGCACAAAUCGCCUGUGAAUUCCAUACGCUUAAAGAUUGAACCUGGAGCGGCGGGGAAAAGCAGCGAAAAGCAGCACAAGAUUUAUCCCGGCGGUGGUGGCAAGUUGAAGCAUCUGUCCGAGGAGGAGGCCACAGCACUUAUGCUCAAAGCUGUUGCCGAGAAACGCGCCGCUGCUGCCGUCUCCAGUAAUAGCUGCGAUCGUAGCUAUGGCGAUGAGAAUCCCAGCUCAGCAACUGUUGCUGCUGCUGUUGGAGGCAACAGCAAUGAUUAUCCGGCCACUUUGAGCGGAGCUGUGACCUUUGCCGAUGUCGGUGGACCGGCGGCGGGUCUAUGCCAUAUUAAUAUACUGAACAGCAUCAGCGCCAUGAACAAUCUCAUCAGCGGCAACACAUCAACACCAACUGCUGGCGGCGGCAACAGCAACAGUGGAGGAGGAGGCAGCCUGAAUGUCUCGUUGAACUCGAGCGCCGGUGGCAGCAUCAAUAAUAGCCUUGACAACGGUGCUGGACACCCGUGUCCGGUGUGUGGGCGUGUCUAUAAGCUGAAGUCAUCGCUGCGCAAUCAUCAGAAAUGGGAAUGCGGCAAGGAGCCGCAAUUCCAGUGCCCCUUCUGUGUGUAUCGGGCCAAGCAAAAGAUGCACAUUGGCCGCCACAUGGAGCGCAUGCACAAGGAGAAAUUCCAACUGGAGGAUGACAAGAGUUUCAUCGCCAGCAUCAUUGGCAACAAUGCAGUUGGCGGUGGCAGCAACAGCGGCGGUGGCAGUGGCAGUGGCGGUGGCAGUGCUGUUAGCGGUGGCGGUGGCAUGGAUACGGAAAGCGGCAAUGCAGCAGCCACAGCAGCUGUGGCAGCUGCAGCUGCAGCUGCGGCUUUGGCCAGUGUUCCUGAAUUGCAGACGCAUUUCUCACCUCAUGAGCAUGGAAUGGAAGCAAAAAACCUAAAGUUUGAAAACUAA